AAAAUCGCAAAAAAAAAUAGCAAUCAUUGACAUUGUCAUUUAAAAGAAAACAAGAUGAAUUACAUCGAAGAGGAUGGUCUUUCUCCCUCUGAACGAGAGGAAGUCCGUAUACAGCAGCUAGUGAAACGCGAGCGCCUACCAGAGACCGAAGACGAAUGCGUUUCCUACGGAGAACUUCUGUUAUUUCGAUACCGCGAGUUGCGCAGGAGUUGGAAGUUAUGACACUGUAGGCUAGAAAGAAAUGAAACAAACCUCUUCUACAAGAAUUUGUUAUAAUAAAUAAUAUUGUUGAUACUGAUAGGCGGGUUGGGCAAUUGAUAUCUCGUUCUCGGUGAGUGAGAUCAUUGUUGUACUAUCACUGGUACGAGUCGGUUAAGAACAAAAUCCUGACGCUGACACGAUCCUCAUGCAGUUGCAGCAAUACCCUUCUCCUUCUUCUCCUCCUUCUUCUUCUUCGCCACUCCUUCAUACAAAGGACGGCGAUCCACAACGACUCCCAUGUUGAUAAAACAGCAUCUGCUAUAUCCAGGAUUGCGCAUUGUGGUAGGUUUAGUAGUCCUCUACUUUUUACUGGAGCACGACUUGCACGAGAAGAGUAUUCUGGAGCAGAGCAGGGUUUUGAAGGAUGGACAACAAAAAGGACAACAAGGGCUUCUAGAAGUAGUUGAAGUUGGGAAAGAAGUUCCUGAAGUUGUGGUUGGGAGACAUGAAAGUAUAGCUGCUCCUGGAGGAUCCUCUAAUACCGAUCUUACCACACAGCAGUACCUCUACUCUUCACCGCACCUGAAUCUUGCUGAUGUUCUCUUCCAGUCACUGUCGACCUCACGUGCGCUCUUUCACCUUGUCGCGACGAUUCUUGUUUUACGAAGAUGCACAUACUUACACAGAUGUAUGUUGAAGUUGAUACAAGAACUACUACGGACUUUGCUUCAUGGUAAACUUGCAAGUUGGUCUAGAUGCUCUUGUUAUUCCUGUCCGAAGCAGCCUAGCAUGAGGGCCCUCCACAUAUGGUAUAAUAUUAUAAUGCUCUUGCGAUUCUUCAUGGCAACACUACUACUAGUACUACGACAACAUCUCCCUAGUGCCACUUCCACUUACUAAACUCUCUGUAAAAGUCCGACGACCAGAGAAUCAUGCUUGUCUUUUCUUCUACCACCUCUAACUCUUUGCAGACUGUUAGUUCCUUCAGAGGUUCUUCCUUUGCUCUGGAUGGCAUCGCUUUACUGUGUGGGCGUAGGCUUGACCAUGCAUCUGUUAAGAGGACUCAUAGAUGCAGAACUGCAACUGUCCACUCCUUCCUCGAAUGCGAACAAGACACCGACAAUUAUGGAGAAGAGAAGAAAGUUGCUCUUGAUGUAGUGCUUGUGAAAUUCCAUUUAUCUUAGCGAAGACCACGCGGGCAGCUGCAGGAGUUGGGGGCUUUUGUUGUUGUACUUCGUCCAUCGAUUCUUCAUUCAUACUACCACUCUUAUUAAUAACCAAAUGUGGUUUUUGUUGUCAAGUACUUACUUUUACUUAUGUGGUUUUUGUUGUCAAGUACUGAUUUACUUACAAACAAGCUUCAACAGAAGGACACUACCACUUGAUCGCCCUAACAGUACUACUACUCCCAAAAUCACGCAUAUGUUGCAGAAUCCGUUGAUCACUUACGCACAGUUCCUGGAUCCGGCACGAGGGCUUCUCCACAUGCUCGCGUUACUUGUCAUUAAGGCUUAAUAUUUUUGAAUAAUUUAUAGAGCGGAUGUAGGAUGGACUUGGAUGGAUCGAAUGGACCCUCCUAAGUCUUCCGAUCCUACUUGAAUAAAUGGUGGGAAGUCCAUCCGAUCCAUCCCAUCCCGGAUCUGGCACCCCUAUAAAUUAUUCUCUUAUUUCUUUGUAGAGAGUCUUACUUAUACUUGAGCUUGUCACUAAGGUUUUGGUCUAGUAGAAAGUCUUUCUUGUCAUCAAGGUAUUGUAGUUGUAGAAGUUGUAGCAAGUCCAGUACGAGUAAGUAGUACUACUUUAUCUAUAUCUUCAACCUUGAAAUUUGAAUUUGUUCGGGCUUCAACAUUGUCCUGAUUCUGGCCAUUCAAGUAGUACUGAAGAUGCUCUUGUCCUCGUUUUACUUCGUUCAUCCAAUGCCAAACCACCUAGGAACCAAACAUUGCGACUCCUCUAACAUGAACAUGGGAUUUCGAAGUGGUGGGGGUAACAUUUUUAAGCAUGACGUGCGCAGUCAAAUCAUGAAGGCCUUCUUUCUGCAUGAAGAAAGUGUUGAUGUGCAAGACAGAAUGAAAACGAUGGGCGAUACAUUGUAA